CAUUUGGAUACACUGCUAAAAAUGAUGCGUAAAGCCUUGUUGGCGCUUUGCGUGGCGACCGCUUUCGCGGUUGCGCAGGCGCAGAAUGUCGCCUACCCGAACUUCCCAUACUGCCAAUGCAUCAAGUCUCCAUCGCCAUACAGCUUGGAGCCCGUUGUGAAGUCUAAUCGCACCGGCCAGUACUGCUUCACCCUAAGGGUGACCAAGCCAUCGCCGAGCGCCACAGGGUACUGCGCUACUAAGGCCGAUAUUAAGAAGAUUGAGAUCAAUGUCAACCAGGUGUGCGACGUCUUCGGCAACGUUGUCAACGCUACCCUCAACGGCGUUCCUACCAAGGUUGGCCCAGCCUUCGACACCCCACCCGAUGGUCCCAACACCUCCAGGAUCCUGCGCUUCACUCAGCUGAACCUGGGCCUGGACAGCGAUGGCGCCAUGCUGUGCAUCACCCUGGGCCAGAACGACAAGGGCAAGGGCUGCACCACGCUGGAGGAUCUUUGCGCUCCGCCAGCUGGCGCACCGAAGGGCACCUGCUCACUCGCCCUCUUCGACAGCAAGCCAGACUGCUGCCCCAUCUCCAGGGUUAGCCCACCAGCGCCGCCACCACCGCCACCACCACCGCCACCUGAGCCGGUUGCGGUACCGAUCACGCCGCCUUGCAAGACGUGCGUCUACGCGACUAUUACAGCACUGCCCCCCCUCCUGUUCCCGUUCCAACUGACCCCAUCGAUCUGCCAAUCGGUGGCUGAUAAGAUCGCUGGGGAUCUUGAAAUGAUUGUCACGUCGUACAGCAUCGGCUACAGUGGAGCUACCAUAACUUGUUCUGGAAACGUGAUCAAGGUCUGCGCAAGCUUCUCUCUGCCCCCAGGCGCGCCAUACACCGGUUUGCAAGCGGACAUCUCCAACGCCCUCACCUUCUGGCUCAGCCUGUUGGCACCUUCCACAGGUUGCCCCGCUUACUUCGCUAACCACCAGGUUACCGUCACCGUUGGCGGCGACGGUGACCCGAAUUCUGUCACUUGCCUGGAGGGCACCGCCACGACUACUUGCAAGCCGGGCAACCCUGACUUCCCCAAGUGCGAAUGCGAAACGAAGCCGGCCGCUACCCGCUUCGCUGCGCUGCCUACCCUCACCCAGGAGCCGGGUCGCCCGAGCAACAGGACCAACUCCACUCUCUACUGCUUCACUCUGCAAGUCGUGGCCCCCCUUAACCCGAACGGUUUGUGCGGGAACACCACAACCUUGCUUAAGGCGGAGCUCUGGGGCAAUGACAUCCCGACUCAGCGCCGCAAGAUUCUUGCCCUUGCCUUCAAGGCUGCCGGUGCUUCCAGCCCCUUGAGGUACCUAUCCCCGAGCUGGGGCUCAGCUGGAGAGCAAACCCUGAAGGUGUCCGGACUCAACUGGGACGCAUCCCAGGCGGACGGUGCCAAGAUCUGCAUGGAGCUGAGCAACGACACCAACUUGAAGACCUUCUGCAACACUGGCCAGGAUACUUGCUGGAUCAACUUGUUCUCGCCAGACAAGCAGUGCUGCCCACUGUUCGCGGCUUCCCUCACACCAUGAGCAGUGGGAUGCCUGGAAUUAUGACAGCUGCAGGAUGAGUUGAACUGGGUGACGGUGGCUUUGAGGAGGCGGCAUCAUGCGUAACGGUUUCCAUGCUAGCAAGUGGGCCCUAGCAGGUGCUAUUCCUCAAAAGCCCUCAGAGCCUUUGAGCAGGUUGGCUUGCAUUGUUGGGUUUGGUCAAAAUCGUGUUGCGGCGUGUUGAUGCAAGCACUUUUGAUGUCGUAUAGCAGCUGCGCGCGGCCUCCACGUGAGUGAGUGCUGGGCUCAAAUUUGUUCGCUUUUGCCAAUGCGCUGGGUAGGUGUGCCAUAGAGCGUAUGUCGCUCGACAGAUGGUGAUUGCGCUGCCACCGGCUGCCCGACCGAUGCAUCAGGAAAAAUCGUGUCAUGUUGGUUUACCGGUCUUCGUGGCGCCGCUUUGCCUCUAAAAACUCUCUAGGAUGAUUACUGUCAGGUCGAGGUUCAUAGCUAGUAAUGGACAUCAAAUUUGUUGCGACAUUGUUUUCCGGACUUGCUUAUGUUGCGUUGUCCUAAGGGCCUUGCGAAGGGUGCGAUGUAGUUAUGGUCUGCGUGCUGCAUUAAUCCUGUCGCGGUGGUCUAUCUAGUUAUUGCGAAGGAACGCAGUUAAGAAGUGUAGCAUUAUUGUAAGCUGCUCGAAUGCUUCUCGUGAAGGACAGCGAAACGCACUCACGUAUCUGAGUCUUCACACGUGAUUCACACACCCAUGACCUCAUGGUGGCGGCGGCGGCGGGCCCUAUAUGCAUCGGUCUACAUCGGUGUAAGCCGAUGAGUACACUGCAUUAACAUUUGAUACCGAUUAAAGGUUCGGCGGUGUC